AUGUGGUUCAGACAAUCCAAGACGCCUGAAAAAGAGGGCUUCCUUCGUGCUGCAAGCCCGAACGAGCGCCGAUGCAUCGGUCGCGAAUCCCUUGGUUUCUACCGUUCCCUGGUGGUAGGAGGGAUAUACCAGUUUGUCGAGCCCGUCCAAGUGGCCUCUAUUUCCACCUAUAUCCAUGCCUUGCGCUACUGUGUGCGUCGCCACCCACAGCUAUGCUGCACGGUCGCCGACGCCGACACCAAGUCGCCUUACUACAAAACCUGUGCUCGCAUGGAUCUGAGUCAGCAUGUUCAGAUUCUCCAGCAUUGCGAUGGCGGUGACGGUGGCGCGGCUGGCAUCCAAUCCGUCGAGAGCGCUCUGCGAGCCAUCCUAGACUCUCGCGGACCGUCUUCCAUACCUGCAUGGAAGAUCACCGUUGUACCGUUCUCGCAGCAGAGCUGCUUCGUGGGGUUUUCUUUCGCUCAUUCGAUUGGCGACGGAUUGUCAGGCCUCAUCUUCCACCGAACCUUUCUCGAGGCCCUCCAAGACCCCAUUGUGGAGGAGGAUUUGAUCUGGGCACCGAAACUGCGACAACUCGAUCCCCCGUUUGAUACACCGACGAACCUGCCGAUUUCCUGGUCUUUUCUUCUGCGGCCGCUCCUCGGGUCAAUGCUUCCCGCACGCAUAGCCUCUCUGAUUGGAGUCGGCGAGAAAGAAUCAUCUCACACCUCGUGGACGGCAUCAAAAACGUUCUACAACCCCGAAACCCACUUGACUGGGCUCAAAACCUUGUCCAUCGACGGCCCCGUGGUACAGGAAGCUUUGAAGACGUGCCGAAAACACCGGGGAAAGCUCACGGGACUGCUUCACCAGUUAAUCAUCAACGCCCUGUCCGAGUCCCUGGCCCAGUACGAGGGUGGUCGCGACACUACUCUCGACACUCUCGUGACACGGACAGCACUGAACAUGCGAGGGUGCGUCGACAAAUCCAACGAAGAUGACAUGGGUAACUUCGUCACUGCGACGACGCGGAAUCACGCCAUCAAGAAAGUCUCGGGAUCGAACCCUUGUUUCGAGAUCGACUGGGCGUCGGUGCGCAGCGACAGCGCCCAACUCGCCGCGGCGGCAAAGGAAUUACGAGACCAGCCCCUCGGCCUGCUCCGAUACGUGAGCGACGUGCGCGGGUGGGUCUUGUCCCAGCUCGGUCGAAGGCGAGAUUGCUCGUACGAGAUCAGCAAUCUCCUCGCCUUCCAACCGUCGGGCCCCGGCCGCCCCACGAAACGCAGCGCCGCCGUGACCGAGAUGGUCUUUUGCCAGCCCGCAGACGCCCUCGGCCCACUCCUGUACUUCAACGUGGUCAGCGUCGCCGAUGGGCCUCUGACCCUGACGGUCACCUGGCAGACUGGCGCACUGGCACUGGAUUCGGGCCAUGAAGAAGAAGAAGAGGCGGCCUUUGUGGAAAUGGUGUGCCGAAGCAUCGAGUCCGGCUUCACUCGCGUGUCGGGUUCACCGCCCUAG